GUGAUUCAUAAGGAAAGACUGAAUCAGUUGGAUAUUUUCGUUUGACAGAAGUAAGACUGCUGAACACUGAGUCGUGUUUACAGACAAAAAUUAUGAUUGUUAAGAUAGUAUUGGUUGUUUGUUCACUGUUAGUUAUUGUAGAAGGUGGAAAAUGUCCCUGUGCUACACAAGAUUUAUGUGAUCCUAUAACUAACACUACAAGAAGAGAGGUGUUUAUCUUCUCUUUAAACAAUGAUAGAAAUAGUUGGGAGAAAUAUGAUUUUACAAAAGUUACUACUGUGGUUAUGGUCGGAUAUGACAGUCCAGAAUUAAUGUGCCAUGCUCACAAAUUUGGAGUACGUGCUGUUACUAUUGCCAAUUAUCCUGUUGAAAAACUCACAAAUGCUGCAGCUCGUACAGUAUGGGUAAAUAAAAUGUUGGCAAUUGUCAAAGAAAAUUUCUUAGAUGGAGUAAAUAUUGACUUUGAAGAUCCGAUAUCUAAGAAUGAAGUGAAUUUAGAGAGAGGAUAUACAUCUCUGGUAGCGGAAGCUAAUCAAAGAUUUAAACAAGAAUUACCCUACUCUCAGAUAACUGUUGAUGUAGCAUGGAGACAGCCUUGCAUUGAUGAUAGAUGCUAUGAUUAUUCUGGACUAUCAGCAGUUUCUGAUUUUGUUUUUGUAAUGGCAUAUGAUGAACGGUCCCAGAUUCUUGGAGAAUGCAUUGCUGGUGCCAAUUCACCACUUGUAAAUGCUCAGUUAGGUAUUGAAAGUUAUUUGAGUUUAAAUAUACCAGCAUAUAAGAUGGUAUUAGGAGUUCCAUGGUAUGGUUAUCGUUAUAAAUGUUUAAAACUUGUAGAGAAUAAAUGUUCAAUAGAGAAGAAGCCGUUUCGAGGUGUACCAUGUAGUGAUGCUGCCGGAUCACAGAUAGAUUAUCGUGCUAUUGCCAUACUUGUUAAAAAGAAUCAUAUCAAGAUUAAUUUUGACAAUUCUACAAUGACACCAUUCUUUAAUUAUCAGGAUGCCAGUAAUACAACAUAUCAAAUUUGGUUUGACGGACCUAGGAGUUUAAAACUGAAGUAUAGCCUGGCCGAUAAGUAUGGAUUAAGAGGAGUUGGUAUGUGGAAUGCUGAUUCAUUAGAUUACAGUGAUACCAUCAGUGCUCAAUUACAGAGAAAAGAAAUGUGGGGAGCACUACCUAACUACAGGAAUGAUUUCAAUUAGAUCUCACAUAGGCCAUACAAAAAAAUAUUCUGGUUCUCAGAAGUUUUUAUUUUUGUGUCUUUAUUUUAUCAAAGUGUCACUGAUUCACUACUUGGUUAAAUGACUUCUUAAUUCUCAUACACAUCAAAUGUCAAGGCACUACAUUAUAUCAUCAUGUUGUUUAUAGGAGUGUAUGAUUAUCCAGUAUCAUUUAUGAUUGCCAUCAGGGUUGCGUACUUGAUAAAUGAGCCUAUGGGUCCAUUCAGAUUUUUUUUAUAGAUUUACUUUCUGUAACCUGGGUGAAAUAUUUAUGUGUGGUAAUUAAUAAGGCUGAUUUUUUUUUCAAAAUAAAAACAAUUCAUGCAGUCCUUUUUAAGUGAUGAAGGAUUAUCUAAGAACCAGAAUAUAUUUUUUAUAUGGCCAUAUUUAUCUCUGUGUCACAUAUAUCUGCUUGUUAAGUUUAAAAGCUUUUAUUGGUGCAAAUCAUAUUUCUUUUUUUUAAUAUACUACUAUAUUUUUAAUCUAGUUGUAUUCUUAUGUAACAUUAUGUUUGUCUGGUCAUCUAGCUGAUCUGUUGGUUACAGCAAAGCCAUACAGAGAGAUUCUGGCCAAUUUGUAAUGUGCAUCAAAAUGGUUUUGUGUCUGAUCUUAUGUGCUGGCCAAGUACAGAUUCUUACACAGUUCCAACCUCUGACCCACUGUAUCUUAUGUACAACCAUCAUUCAGUUUGUUGUCAACGGGGGUUUGGAUGGCCAAAUAGUUAGCAUGUGCGCGCUGUAUCAUAAGAUCUGUCAUUGAGUCAAUUGGCGCGGUUUCGAUUCCCUGGUUGUACCUGACAAGGAGUAAGGUCGCCUGUUCAACCUUGUAGGUUUUCUCCAGGUCCUCCGGUUUCCUCCCACUGCUAAAACCCCUACGCACUAGCAAAUUAUUGAAAUAAAAUUGACCCAUAUGUUAGCCCCAUAAUGACCUAGUUUGUGUCAAGUGGACGUUAAACCCCAUUUCUUAAUCUCUCUUUUGUUUUCAAUGACACCCAUUAUUUAAUAUUUGUUUAGGUCUAAUGUUGAUUUAUUAAAUCAACAGAUUGGGUAAAAAAAUGGCUGGAAAUGGCCAGAGGUUUUUUAUAGUUUUUGUUCCUCACUUGGAUUCUUUAGUGAUCUUUCAUAAGGAUGAUGCCUAUCAAAAAUAAUUGUGGUUAUUCCCCUUGCCAUUGAAGCAUUUGAAUCACCAUAUGGGUCAGUGUUAAUUAUUACUGUCAACAUGCUGGAUUGAUUGGCAAGUGAUCAGACAAAUUUGAUUAAAGUUUGGUUCAUAAAAAUCUUGUAAUCACUCUGCAGGUCAGAGUUUUUGAGAUCUUUCUUUGGAGCUGGCUGGCACAGAGGAUUGCUGAGUUAGUGAAACCAUGAAUCUUAUAAUUCAUAUAUAAGGUCCAUGGUGAAAUGGAGGAGUUUAAACGAAUUUUCCACACUAUUUUAGUCAGUAUUUACUUCUUUAAUUCAAUCAAGAACCUUUUCAUGUUUUGGGGUGUAUGAUUUGUUGCCUGGCAACAUAAAGCUUCUUUUUUUAUCCUGUGCCUGUGUUCAGCUAUAUACUGGUAUUAUUUAUUAUAUUUUAUAACAUUUACGUUACUUUUUUUAGAAAAUGAAGCAAGCAAAUUCAGUUCAUUUCCAUUUUAUGGACGUAUCUGGUGAUGGGUUUUCUAAAGUUAUUUUUAUAUUAUAAUUGACAUAACUAUGAAAUAAUUGACAUUCAGUCUUCGGUCGCUUUGAUUUUUUACUACCUGUAAUUUAUUACAGAACACAAUCUUUAUGGAAAAAAAUAAAAAAUAACAGGUUGUAUUAUUAUAAUAAAAUGAUUCCCAUAACAAAUUGUGUUCUGUAAUAUAAUAUUUAUCACAGUCAACCUUAUUUAUCAAAAUAUGGAGUGGCAGUUCAUCCAUAAAGUUUUAUUUCCAAUUUGAUUAGUUAGUCUGUAGAGACAUAUUGGUAUCUGUUUAGAGAACAAAACCUUUUUUAAGUUUUAUGAAAAUCUGUUUCAUAUCAUGGUUUGUCCACAAGUAGGCUUUAUAUUGAACCAUGCUAUGUUUCUCAUACUCAGACAAAUCCAUACCAUUGUAGACAUUCCAUACAUAUCUUUUAAGUACAAUGUAUUGUUUUUGUGUAAUACAAUGUAACUUUCAAGUUAUAGUUUGUUAAUGAUGUGUCUGUGAUGUCUGUUAAUAAUGUAAUAUUUUAUCAAAUCAGUCUAUUAAUUAUUUAACUGUUCAUUGUGUUUUAUUAAAUUAGUUUAGUUAUUCCUCAGUUCAUCAGUUGUGCAUAUGUCAUUUAAUAGUGAUCAAUAAUCCAUUCAUUUUUCAUCAGUUCAUUAAUUAUGCAUAUGUCUAUUAAUAAUAUAGUGAGUUUAUUAAUAUGUAGCCUAACCAUGUCCAUUAAUUAUGUAUCUGAGACCUGAGUCUAUUAAUUAAUUACCAGUAUUUAUUUUUUGGAAUUCACAUUGUUAAUUACAGGCCUUAUUAAAAAUGAAAUCGGGUUUAACAUCCUAAUUUUCAUUACCAACUGGGCUAAUGAAGACAUAAUUUUUGUCCCAUCCGCAUGACUCGACACUGUCCUUGCCAGGCCCUCUGUCUUGCAAAGACUGACAAGGGGAAACCACGCCAGUAGAUCCUCCAACACUGAGCAAAUCCGAAACCUCUAGGUUAGCAAACCAGCAUCUUACUCAUGAGCCUGGUUUCCCCUUGUCAGUGAUGCAGGACAGAGGACCUGAGACAAGGACAGCUGUCUAGUCAUUCGGAUGGGACGAAAAAAUCAAGGUACCGUGUACAUAUUGGCGUGCACGUAACAGAUCCCUUGGCAGUUGGAAUUCGAUAUAAGAGUAGGCCAUAGCGCCGCUGCCCUGGCAAAAUUUCCCUCAAAGCAUCCUGUAUGGCGUAUACCCGUCUUCAUUAGCCCAGUUUAGGAGCAGAACAGUAGGACGUUAAACCCCAUUUCAUUUUAUUUCAAUUACUCAUGAGCCACCCUGGCUCCCGAUCUUAUUAGAUUAGUUAACUAAUUAUAUAUCCAAGUACGUAAGUCGGAGCAGAACAGUAAGACAUUAAACCCCAUUUCAUUUCACAUUAGUUAAGUAUUAUUGUAUAGGUAAUUAAUUAUAGUGAUGCAAUUAAUAUUUUAUGGAAAAUCUACUUUUGUUUUGUUUGUAUCUAAACAAUUUUAUUUUGUUUAUCUUGAUCAAAUUGAAAUUGUACAAUUGUGUUCAUUCCUGAUAAAGAUAGUGUUUUCAAAAAGAGGACUCUUAUUCACCCAAGUAACAGUUUAAAUUGUUUACAUUUGUUCACCAGGGGCCUGUUUCACAAAAAUUUUAACUAAGAUAAAAUCCAAAUUUUAGUAAUUUGAUUGGAUAAUAUUAGAUUGAUUUUAGUGCUUAACCAAUCAAAAUUGAAGUAUCUACUCAAAUUUGGAUUUUAUCUUCAGUUAAGAUUUCGAGAAACAGGGCCCAGUUCUUAGCCAUAUCAAACAUAUAUUUCAUACUAGUAAUAUCAUUUUAUAUGUAAUCUUUCAGAAAAUAUGUUUUUUUGAAUUCAUUGUUGAAUUAAAUCAAAUUAAAUUUUUAUGUGUAGUCUUUCAAAAAUAUAUUUUUUAUAAAUUCAUUGUUGGAAUUAAAUUAGUUAUGCCAAA